UCAUUGGCUCCAAGCAAAACUUCAUCUAUAUGGAACGCACCCCCUUGGGCAAGGAGGAAAAGAGCAUCUGGUUGAUGGAAGAGUACUCCAUCCAGAACCUUAGAAGAAGAUGUGGUGAUGCAGCUAUGACGAUGGACCGAAACAAGCUGGAUGACUGGGUUGUUUGCAAGAUUUAUCUGAGGCCGAGUGCUCGCAAAGAAUUGUGUGGUACAGAACUUCCUACAAUGGAAAGCAGAGAGCUGGAGGUGCAAGAAAUAUGGUAUCAACCUUUUGUAUUACCAAUUCAGCAGAUCACUGAAGGAUUUGACCAAGAGGUGGAGUUUUGUUCUUAUAAGUCGCACGAUAGCUCACUACAGUAUCCAUCUCCUGAUGAACUACAAGAGAAUUUUGAAUCACUGCCAGCUGAAAAGAUCCUCCAACAAUUCGCUGAUGCACCUGAUACAAACUCUGAUAUUCUGCAAUUGCCGACUCUUGAUGAGCUAGAAAAGAUUUUUGAACCACCACUGGCUGAUGAGAUUCUCCAAUAAUUCGCUGAUGCACCC